UUUUUUUUGAACAUUUUUUAUUUUUAUUUUUAUUUUUUUUUGAUAUCUAUUUAAUAUGACACAAUGUAUACCUAUGAAAGAUGGUAUACCUUUUAUACCUUGGAUUUAUUAUAUCUUUGGUGAUUGUACGUAUGGUUUUUUAGAUGCAUCCAGUGUAUUAUUAGGUUAUUUAUCGAUCUUAUUUUGGUUGAAUGCACAGUUCCCACAAGUGAUUGAAAAUUAUAGACGAGGCUCAGCUGAAGGACUUUCUAUCAACUUUUUAUCUAUAUGGCUUGCUGGUGACAGUGCUAAUUUAAUUGGAUGUAUCCUCACAAAUCAACUUCCGUUUCAACGAUAUCUUGGAAUAUACUUUGUUGCGAUUGAUAUCUGCUUAUUGGGUCAAUACCUUUAUUAUAGCAAGUGGCAACAUAGAGGACGAUCAACUAACCGCAGAAAGACUCAGUAUGAAUCAUCACCACCAAAUCUUUUUACCGCGGCAUUCCAACAUCCAUCCGUGCAAACACCACUACUAAUUCAAGCUCAAUCAUUAGAAGAUGAAAUCACUCCUUAUUCUGUAUCAUCAUCACCUAACAAAUGGUAUACUUUGACGCAACAACAACAACGGGAUGAAAAUCUUUUCAAAACUUUCUCUACUGGUUCUUCAUCAUCUGUCACAUCCGCAGCAUCAGUAUCAUCAUCAUCAUCAUCCAAGAUGAAAACAGCUGUUACAGGUUUAAUGUCGAUUAUGCUUCUUGGAUUGAAUACGUUCUCUAAUACAUCUACAUUGACCACUACAACAACUAUGUCAUCUUCCUCCUCAUUGGUGGCUACUACAGUAAACUCUGAUCCCCUGAUCAUUGGUAGUCUAUUUGCUUGGACUUGCACUACAUUAUACCUGAUGUCACGUAUUCCUCAAAUUAGAAAGAACAUCAAGCGACGGUCAGUGGAUGGUUUAUCUCCUUCUUUAUUUGUAUUUGCAGCUUGUGGUAAUCUUACAUAUGCCUCAAGUAUCCUACUCCACCCAGGUCAAACCCGUGAAUCUAUUAUGGAGGCUCUUCCUUAUUUGAUUGGUAGUGCCGGAACCUUAUCAUUCGACUUUACUAUCUUCCUACAAUAUAUCUAUUACACUAGAAGAAAGAAUCAACUUUGCAAGAAUAAUUUAGUCUCAGUAUAGAAUUAUUUGAUCCCCACCCUUCUUCUCUGUUGAUACCAUUAUUCCCCUUUUUAUCAUUGUAUAUAGUCUCUUCUUUUCUUUCCUUUUCUUUUCUUUUCUUUUCUUUUCUUUUUUUUUUUGUAUAUAACUAAUAAACUAGC